UCUUUUACCGAAAAACAGGUCCUGGUUAAAAUGCCUAAGCUGGUGGCGGUCUACGAGGACAAUGAAACCUGUCUGAGCUCUUACCUUAGUCACCGGACUCCGAGACCAACACACACUCUCUCUCUCCCUCUCACUCCCGUCCUUUAACUGCUCCCGACACGUGAUGCCAUGAGAAUUCGUCAGUUGUUUUGAAUACAAGAGCUUUACGAAAAAGCCCCACCAUUAAAGAGACUUCUCGGGUUUCUCCGCCACGACUGAAACUCUCCCACCCUCUCUCUCUGUGCUAUCGACUUCCUCGAGAUCAGCCACCACGCAGUACCUCUCUCCUACGGUCAUGAAUUUUAUAUGCAAAGUUGUUGACACCCUCUCUGACACUUCCACUAGUGUUUCCAUGCCACAAAAAAACACCUACGCUUAAAUCGGAGCUCAUAAUCUGUAGCUGCAGUGCAUUACAGAUUAAAACGUACGUCGCAGACCUUGUCCCUACCCCUCUCUCCCUUCUCCCUCUUUUCUCUCUUUCUUUUCUCCGCUCCUUUUACGGUUAAAAUUUAAAAAGGUGGUGGAAUCAUUCAAAACUCAAAAGUAACAGCAACUCCCAUCUCAUCCAUUCUUCUCUGAUCCUGGUGGGUUUGGUGGGUCUGCUGUAAAUGCGGUCUAGUUUGCUUCUUUCUUUCUAUGGGGAAGAAGGCAGGAACCUCGUGGUUGACUGUAGUGAAGAGGGCUUUCCGGUCUCCUACCAAAGAAAACGAGAAGCGGAGUGGCCGAAGGAGAGAAGAUCAUGACCAAGAAGAAGAAGAAAAGAAAAGGGAGAAGAGAAGAUGGAUUUUUCGGAAACCCUCGACCCAUGAAUCAAUAAUACACCAGUGCGAAGCGAAGACGGCGGCGAGCACGCCCACGAAGCCUACGAGUACGACAACUGCUGCUGCCGUUCCUUCUAUCACCACGACUACGACUCCUACAACGAUGAAUCCUGCUGUAUCAGCAGCUGCAGCCGCUGCCGAACAAAGACACGCCAUUGCCGUGGCAGUAGCAACCGCAGCAGCCGCAGAGGCUGCCGUGGCGACGGCCCAAGCAGCCGUGGAGGUGGUCCGGCUCACYAGGCCUUCUAAUUUUGUUAGAGAACAUUGCGCUGCUAUUGUUAUUCAAACGGCUUUCAGAGGAUAUCUGGCAAGAAGAGCACUUAGAGCGCUUAAAGGGCUAGUGAAGUUGCAAGCUUUAGUGAGAGGACACAACGUUCGGAAGCAGGCGAAGAUGACUCUCCGCUGCAUGCAAGCUCUGGUCCGAGUGCAAGCUCGGGUGCGCGAUCAACGUAUGAGGCUUUCUCAAGAAGGAAGCAGGAUGUCCACACUUAGUGACACCAACAGCUUAUGGGAAUCACGAUAUUUUCAGGAUAUCGCCGAGAGGAAAUCAGUCUCGAGAGAUGGAAGUAGCAUUGCCGGGGAUUGGGAUGACCGCCCGCAUACAGUUGAGGAGAUACAAGCCAUGCUGCAGAGCAAAAAGGAAGCUUCUUUAAAACGUGAGAAAGCACUCGCUUACGCCUUUUCCCAUCAGAUAUGGAGAUCCGGCCGGAACUCAUCAAUCGGCAACGAGGAAGAACUCGAAGAGAGACCAAAAUGGCUGGAUAGGUGGAUGGCUGCAAAACCAUGGGAAAGCAGGGGAAGAGCUUCUACGGAUCAAAGGGAUCCGAUCAAAACCGUAGAAAUCGACACCUCUCGUCCUUUUUCUUAUUCUAUUCCAAACAUCCGAAGAUCACAACACCACCAUCAGCAACAACCUAGUAUACAUUCAGCGGCGUCUCCCCUUCACAGAGCACACCACAAUUAUUCCCUUCUCCAGUCCCCUGUCACGCCUUCUCCAUCUAAAACAAGGCCACUACAAGUACGCUCGGCCAGCCCUCGUUGCCCAAGAGAAGAGAGAUGUUAUCCAACAGCGCAUACUCCGAGCCUAGGCUCGAGUUACUAUUACAGUGGUGGUACGCGUCACCAUAUGGGUGCAAAUGGUGGGACUGGCACUGGUUCGAUGCCGAAUUACAUGGCAGCCACGGAGUCUGCCAAGGCCCGAGUUCGGUCUCAGAGUGCCCCAAGGCAGCGGCCAUCGACGCCGGAGAGAGAACGAGUUGGGUCUGCUAAGAAACGCCUUUCGUUUCCAGUUCCAGACCCAUACAGCGGUGUUGGUGUCGGCUGUGGUGCCGGGGCUUUCAGCCAGAAUUUAAGGAGCCCGAGCUUUAAGAGCGUCCAGGGAGGAGGCUAUUAUGGGAUGGAGCAACAAUCGAACUUGUCUUCCUGUUGUACGGACAGUUUGGGUGGCGAAAUAUCUCCGUCUUCGACCAGUGACCUUAGGAGGUGGUUGAGGUGAGUUUAAUUACUGUGAAUUCGCUGGAUGGUUGUUAGCUCCCAUGAACAAGGAUACUGCAGUUGUGACUGCGAUGCGUAAGUGUUUAAUUAAUUUUUCUUUUCCAUUUUUUUGGUAAUUAUGAUGGAAUUUGAUGAUAGAUGAUGGUGGUUAUUUCUUUUUAUCCCAAUAACUUUCUUAUCAGAA